AUGCACCAGCAGCCGCUCCGACUCAACAGCUUCGGGGAGGAGAGCUGGACUCGCUGCAUCGUCAGGAAUGGAGGCUCUUCAGCAUCAGCAGCAGGCUCGUUGUGGGCCAGUGGGGGGGAGCACGCACCCUUCCUGCCGGCCGGUGUUGCCCCGUUCCCGCUGCCGCAGCAGCUGGCUCAUCUGGGACAACAUGGACUGCGCAUCCCUCAGCAGAUGCUGAGAGCCGGAUGGGGCCUGGGGCCAGCAGCAGACGAGGAGCCCAGACCUACCAUGCCCAGGUAUCCGGGUCUGCUGCGUGAGAUGCUCCCGCAGGAACAGCAGUAUGAGCAGCGGGACCCUGCAGAAAUGCCUCCUCCUCAGUCUCGUCUCCUUCAGUACCGUCAGCAGAUCCAGCCUCGGAGCCCUGGAGACCUGCCGUCCCCCUCGUCCUCAGCCCCAAACCACAGCUUCCCCGCCCCGACUCAGCCCUCGUACCCCGACACCAGCCGAGAACCACCUGUGGGCUUCAGUCAGGCUCCGUUCCCGCCGGAUCACAGCGCGGGGCAACUUCCAGUAAAAUACCUGCUCCAGGAGGCCCACUGGCCCCAUCCCGGACACAUGCUGGGGCAUGGGUUGCCCUUCGGCAUGCAGGCGAUGGCACAGCGGCAGGAUCCAGGCCGCUGCAGCACCAGCAGCAGAAACAGCAGCUCCAGGCCCCGCAGAGCUCCCUGCACAGCCUAG